CGGGAGCGGGGCGGACGCUCGCGCCCCUCCUUUCCUCCCCGCCUCCGCGCCGCGGCGCGCUCGGGCUCGGGAGCCGACAUGGGCGCCGCCGCGUGGGCAUCGCAGCCCCUGCCGCUGCGUGUGUCUCUCCUGCUGCUGCUUCUGCCGCUCCCGGGGUUGCCCGCGGCCUCCUGGGACCCAGCAGGUUACGUGCUCUACUGCCCAUGCAUGGGGCGCUUCGGGAACCAGGCUGAUCACUUCUUGGGCUCCCUGGCAUUUGCAAAGCUGUUGAACCGCACCCUGGCUGUACCUCCUUGGAUUGAGUACCAGCAUCACAAACCUCCCUUCACCAAUCUCCAUGUGUCCUACCAGAAGUACUUCAAGCUGGAGCCCCUCCAGGCCUACCAUCGGGUCAUCAGCCUGGAGGACUUCAUGGAGAAGCUGGCACCCACCCACUGGCCCCCCGAGAGGCGGGUGGCAUACUGCUUUGAGGUGGCAGCCCAGCGAAGCCCUGAUAAGAAGACAUGCCCCAUGAAGGAAGGAAACCCUUUUGGCCCAUUUUGGGAUCAGUUUCAUGUGAGUUUCAACAAGUCGGAACUUUUUGCAGGCAUUUCUUUCACUGCCUCCUACAAAGACCAGUGGAUCCAGAGAUUUUCUCCAAAGGAACAUCCAGUGCUCGCCCUACCAGGGGCCCCAGCCCAGUUCCCCGUCCUGGAGGAGCAUAGGCCGCUCCAGAAGUACAUGGUAUGGUCAGACGAGAUGGUGAGGACAGGAGAGGCCCAGAUCCGCACCCACCUCCUCCGGCCUUAUGUGGGCAUUCACCUGCGCAUUGGCUCCGACUGGAAGAACGCCUGCGCCAUGCUGAAGGACGGGACUGCAGGCUCCCACUUCAUGGCCUCUCCGCAGUGUGUGGGCUACAGCCGCAGCACAGCGGCCCCCCUCACCAUGACUAUGUGCCUCCCCGACCUGAAGGAAAUCAGGCGGGCCGUGAAGCUCUGGGUGAAGGCACUGAACGCGCAGUCGGUCUACAUUGCCACGGAUUCUGAGAGUUACGUGCCCGAAAUCCAACAGCUCUUCAAAGGGAAGGUGAAGGUGGUGAGCCUGAAGCCUGAAGUGGCCCAGAUCGACCUGUACAUCCUUGGCCAAGCCGACCACUUUAUUGGCAACUGUGUCUCCUCCUUCACCGGCUUCGUGAAGCGGGAACGGGACCUCCAGGGGAGGGCGUCCUCUUUCUUUGGCAUGGACAGGCCCCCUCAGCUGCGGGAUGAGUUCUGAUCCUCGCUAGAGCACAUCACCAGUGUGAGCUGGUCCCUCCAGCCAGGCCUGGCAACCAGAGAUGCUUCCAGAAUUGAUCCCCAAGGGAACAGGCUUCUCUUCUCUCUUGUCACAGACAGAGAAAAGUACCAGGGACCUCCUGGAGGAGGAAGACAGUGCAUCUCCCGGGGCACAGGACUUCCAGGCUCCUGGGAGCCAGAGCACUUCCCCUCCUCUUGUGCUUCCUGCUGUUUCUCCUGGGAAUUUCUCACACCAGCAAAGCAGUCCAACCUCUGUCUUUUGGUCUGCCCUGUUCUGAGCAGCCUGGGAUGCUGAACUCUCUUCAGAGAGAUUUUUUUUAUAGAGAGAGAGAUUUUUAUAGUUUUGAUACAAGGUCAUGACUACCGUAGAACUCUCCCUCAUUUUAAAAAAUCAGUGAAGUUCAUUAAUGUAGGUACCUAAAGUGACCUUAACUGAAUGUGGAUGAGGCUAGGGGUGGAGUGGGUGUAUUGGCUACUUUUCCGGAUGACCCCCAAAGUGGCCCUCAGACUCAUCCCACUGCCUGACCAGAGCCAUUGUCGACCCUUCUUCCUAUUAAACUUCCUAUUAAACCCAUUUCUAGGGUUUGGGGCAUGAACAGUCUCCUCCGUUGUAAACUCUAUGCAAAUAGAAGUUAUUAGUCAGGGUGCUGUGCAGGGCUCCACAGGCGGCUAAGUGCUGCUCGCACAGCAUGUUCCCAGCAAGGAGCAUACCCCAUCAAGCCCACCAUCAUCAUAUUACCCUCAGUUAAAGUCUCUUGCUAGUUGGUGGCCUGCCACAAACCUGGCACCAUCAGGGUCUCAUAACACAUCAGAGGCCAGGGCUUGCUGGGCUGGUGGGAUCCUUCUGAAGGCUGCUGUCUCUUCUGAUCUCUAGUCCCAAGGAGCCUGGUUGUAGAAUAUUGCCAUUGAGUUGGUAUCCAAGGCCGCUCUUCCCAGCCUCCCUCCUGUGGCUGGAGCCCCCAGGCCAUAUUUUCACAAGGAGGUGUUUGUUGGGCCUCUGACCAGGUAGAAGAUGCCCAGGACCCAGGAGCCAUCAGAAUUCCCAGUUUGGAAGCAACUUUUGCCCCUUCCUGUCCAAUGUAAUCUCCGCCAACCCCGUGAGGCUUAACAUGUUAGAGUUGUAAGUUUCUUUGUCUCCCACAUGCUGCAGUUGUAAUAAUCCGUGACUCCUGAGAAGCUGUGAUUUUUUGGCCUUUUGGUUCUAAAAUUCAGGUUUAACACCUGCUGGUCUCUUCCCUGCCAGGUGACCUCCCUUGGCCUUUGAUCCUGGAAAGGUAGAGGAGACUGAUGAGAGCCAGGCCCAGAGCUCCAUGCACGGCUUCUCUCUUGCUUACCUUUGGGAAGAAAUACUUCUUUUGUCAGGGCAGACUGGGUCAGAGGCUGCAGGGCAACAGAUCUCAAACACCAAAGGUGGCAUUUGCUACUUAGAACUGCCUCCCGACUCUUAGCAGAGAAACUAUACAGAAAGGGCUUUUGUAUUUUGCCUGCUGGGAAAACUGAAAUGUUUUAAAUCCUGGGUGGACUCUGAGAGAUGGUUUAUCUGUUCAGACUUGUUCAGGAGCCUCAUUCAGAGACACAGAAGCCCUGUGCACCCCUGCCUCCAUCCGAUAGUUGGGAAUGUGUGGCUUACCGGCUGGCUUCACUUGCUGGAUUCAUUUGCCAUUCACAGCCUCACACUAGGCACAUACGUUAGAGUCUCGGGCUCUAAUGGGCCAUCCAAAUCAUGUUGAUUAGCAUCAGCAGUGAUAACAGCUUGUGUUCUGGAGGAGAGGGUGCAGGAGUUGUAGUCAGAUUCAGCGUGUUGCAUAGGCAAGCACUUUAUUCCUCUUUGGCCCAGUUUCCUCACCUUUAAAAUGGUGAUAAAACUGACGGGGUUGUUGAAAGGCUCAGAUCAGAUAAAGCACAUCUAAGAGCACAUUGUACACUUGAAAGAGACAAAGGCACCUAUGUGGCUGUUGAUUAAUUUGACUGCCUCUUGUGUCAUACCUACUCUGUGCCAGGCACUGUGCUUGUUAAGUGCUUUAUGGGCAUUCUCUGGUUUAGGAGACCCACCCCAUCCCUGGGAAGUAGGAACUGUUAAUAUCUUCUUUCUGCACAAG